AUGGCGGCGGGAACCGCCGGGGUGGUGCUCGGAGGGCCGCCGGCGCUCUGGGAUUUCGGCAGCACGAUUGAUAUCAUUAAAACAAUACCGCAAGACUUGUUUGCUGAGCUUUGCGGGCAAAUUGUCCAGUAUCUUCGGUGUCAGAUCCCAGGUGUAAAUACAGUGGAACUGUGCCAGAGAUUUCAAACAGCUGGGAUUGAAAUUGUCGCUAGUGACCUUGCAAAGGUCGUGAAUGUUGUUUCCUCUGUAUUCAGUACAGCAGCAAAAAAUAAGCUCUCGUCAGAAGAACUUUCUACAAGACUUGGCAGUACAGUGGGUACUUUGCCAAAACAUGCUUUACAGGUUAUCCGGCAUGUGUGGAACGAACAGGGGAACACCAUCAUUGGGUCUGAAGAUGCCAAUAACAUAGGGAUGGUUGGCCAGCUUAUUGACUUUCAGUGGAAGCUGGGGAUGGCGGUUGGCUCCGACAGCUGCCGAUCUUUGAAAUGCCCUUACGUUACAAUGGCAGUAAAAGUGGCCGACGCUUCAGGGCGCGUCAUGAGUAAAUCUUUUGAAAUGACAAUCCCACAAUUUCAGCAUUUUUACAGUCAAUUCAAGGAAAUGGCAUCUGUUCUCGAGACGGUUUGAACACCAUUUGAGCACUUUG